AGCUGGUGUUAUAAAGCUAGUUAUGCAGAGAGUAGCCAACACACGUCUCUCAAAUUACUUUAUAGGAACUUAAACACACUGAACCAAAUUUAUUUCAGCCUUCACAGAAAGAGCCACAUGUGGGGAUCAUGAAAGAGUUUAGCAUCUUUUCCAUCUGGUUCAUCAACCUGUUGCUGCUGCUGGAGAGCUCAUCAUAUGCAGGAGACUCAAGUGUUGUGAAUCCCUGUUGCUACUACCCCUGUCAGAACUCAGGAGUGUGUGUGAGGUUUGGUACAGAUCAGUACCAAUGUGACUGCACUCGCACUGGUUUCCAUGGAGUCAACUGCACUGUUCCCGAGUUCUGGACCAGACUUCGCCUCAUGCUGAAGCCGAGCCCAUCGACGGUGCACUACCUCCUCACACACUUCCGGUUGCUUUGGGACCUCGUUAAUAACUCUUUCCUGCGAGACACAAUCAUGAGAUUAGUGCUGACAGUCAGGAGCGACCUUAUUCCAAGCCCUCCGACCUACAAUUCAAAGUAUGGGUACCUCAACUGGGAGGCCUACUACAACAUCUCCUACCUCACCCGUCUCCUGCCUCCUGUACCUGAGGACUGCCCUCUGCCCAUGGGAGCUAAAGGUAAACCUGUUCUCCCCGAUCCCAAAGUGAUGUGUGAGAGGUUUCUAAAGAGAAAGACAUUCAGGCCUGAUCCUCAGGGAACCAAUCUGAUGUUUGCCUUCAUGGCCCAACACUUCACCCACCAGUUCUUCAAGACGGACCAUGCAGUUGAAGGUGGCUUCACUAAGGCUUUAGGACACGGGGUCGACGCGGGCAACAUCUACGGAGACAACCUGGAGCGACAGCUGCAACUCCGGCUUCUCAAAGAUGGAAAGCUGAAAUAUCAGAUGGUAAACGGUGAGGUGUACCUUCCUACAGUAUCAGAGGUCCCUGUUCACAUGGUGUACCCUGAACACAUCCCUCCAGAGAAGCGUCUGGCCACUGGGCAGGAGGUGUUUGGCCUACUGCCGGGCCUCACCAUGUACGCCACAAUAUGGCUGAGAGAGCAUAACAGAGUGUGUGACAUCCUGAAGGCUGAACAUCCCACCUGGGACGAUGAGCAGCUCUUCCAGACCACAAGACUCAUCAUCAUUGGAGAGAUCAUCAACAUCAUAAUCGAAGAGUACGUGCAGCACCUGAGCGGAUACCAUCUGAGCCUGAAGUUUGAUCCCGCUCUGCUCUUCAGCGAACGUUUCCAGUACAGCAACCGCAUCGCUCUGGAGUUCGGCCACCUCUACCACUGGCACCCGCUGAUGCCUGACAGCUUCCUCAUUGACGGAGAUGAAAUCCCGUACUCCCAGUUUCUGUACAACACCUCCAUCCUCCUGCACUACGGUGUGGAGAAACUGGUGGACGCCUUCUCUCGUCAGCCUGCAGGACAGAUCGGUGGAGGUCACAACUUUCAUGCAGCUGUGCUCAAAGUGGCUGAAAUGGUCAUCAGAGAAUCCAGAGCAACACGUGUGCGGCCUUUUAAUGAAUACAGGAAGAAGUUCAACCUGAAACCCUACACCUCUUUUUAUGAAUUUACUGAUGACAAAGAGAUGGCGAGAGAUUUAGAGGAGCUCUAUGGGGACAUAGAUGCUCUGGAGUUCUACCCCGGCGUCAUCCUGGAGAAAACAGGUCCCGACAGAAUCUUUGGUGAGAGCAUGGUGGAGAUGGGUGCUCCCUUCUCCCUGAAAGGCCUGCUGGGAAACCCCAUCUGCUCCCCUCACUACUGGAAGCCCAGCACCUUUGGGGGAGAGACGGGCUUCAAUAUCAUCAAAACUUCCACUCUGAAGAAACUGGUUUGUCUCAACACCAAGUGGUGUCCAUACGUGGACUUCCAUGUUCCCCGAAAUGAGGAGGAGGCAAAACCAAGGAAACAGUCAACUGAACUUUAAUGAAUAUUCACCGGGUGAUUUGUGGUCAAUCACAGUACAUUACUAUGUUGACUGUGGGAGGUAUUGCAGUUGUUGUAUUUCCAUUGAGGCUUGAUUUUGGGGAAGGAGUGAUGUUAAAACUCAUGUGCUAAUUAAGUGGUUUUAACCCGGUCUCUAUGUGUAUUUUGCAUUAAAUGACAUCUGCUUUCCACAAACACAGCUGACAGAUUCCAUCGAUUCUGGUGCAAGAAAAUAAAAUACCUGUGGGCAUUUGAAAAACUUUAAUUUGUAUAAUUUGUAUAACUCAGUAUGACUUUUUUUUAUUUAUGUGUGUGUUUUCCCCCUCUUCUAUUACA